UUCGAAUCAAGUGCGCGUAGGGCUCGAUGGGACGGUGUCGGGGUCGUUUCUAAAGUGGAAAGCUCGACGGGACGCGCGCAGAAGAGGCUUUGGCAGAGCAAAAGUCACCUGUAGGACACUGUAAACGCGCUCCUCCUAAACUUUUCUGAAGCGUUUCUGAACUCGCUCAUAUGUUUUUCACCUUUCUUUCACUGGAAUGUUAUUGAAACAUGCUGGGAAAAGUUUUCUCUUUCAUACAUUUGUGAGAGAUCCCCGGACGAAAUAGGUAAUUUUGACUUUUGUUUCUUUAAAGGGAGGUGGAGACAACUUAUCACCCCCUCCCUCCGUGCUUGACUGAAAUUACCAACACUUUUUGCACAGGGGAGACGCUUGAAGCACUCCCAAAGCACUUGAAAUGGAGGCUCCCGAUGGCUACUGUGCUAGUAACGGCCAAUGCUCUCCUGGUGAGGAGAACUCGAGAAUGUUGGCGGAUAUGUCAACACCUAAUGGACAGACAGUUCCUCAGGGUCCUAAUUCCAGUGAACUGACAAUAAAGCAAGAGGAAGAAACAGCGGAGGAGGCUGACAACAGAAGUCCAGCACUUGAAGAAAUAGGCCAAACAGGGGAGGAAGAAGUAGCAUUGGAGGAAUCCAUGACUGGCUGCCCAAACAAUGUACAGGAUGGUUUAUCUGGACCAAAUUUGACAGCUGAUGCAGGAAGUCGACAACCAAACGGUGAUCGGCCGUUCCAGUGCAACCAGUGUGGUGUCUCGUUCACCCAGAAGGGAAACCUUCUGCGACACAUCAAGCUGCACACUGGUGAAAAACCCUUCAAAUGCCCCUUUUGCAGCUAUGCCUGCCGGCGGCGCGAUGCCCUCACCGGUCAUUUGCGCACUCAUGCUGUUGGCAAACCACACAAGUGUAACUACUGUGGUCGGAGCUACAAACAGCGAACUUCUCUAGAGGAACACAAAGAACGCUGCCACAGUUACCUGCAGGGUAUCGGCUUGGAUCCGACCACCAACACUGGCCCUUACACAGGUGAGGUUCCUGCAGAGCCGAGGCCAAUGGCAGAGGCCAACACCAUGGCUACGUUUGAUCGGCCGCCCGUUAUUGAGAGGCUGCACAACAACGUGGGCAAAAGAAAGAGCACCACGCCCCAGAAAUUUGUGGGUGAAAAGAUGUUACGCUACAACUAUCCUGACAUAGGCUAUGAGAUGGGCCUUAAGUAUGAGAAGCAGGCUGAACUGAUGCCGGCCCACAUGAUGGACCAGGCCAUCAGCAAUGCCAUCACAUACCUGGGAUCGGACACCCUUCGGCCCAUGCUCCAUCAUCCAGGUCCCCCUCUCUCCAUGGCUGAUGUGGUGCCCAUGGUCAACCCCCUCUACCACCAUGUCCUGCCAAUAGGCCAACGAACAGAGCGUCCAGGAAAUGGGGACACGCUGCCACCUCAGCCUCAUGACUUCCCCAACCAUCCCACCACAAAUGGCCCCACUGCCUUAACCAGGCAUGGCAAGCCACCCCAGAAAGGGCAUGAGGAAUCUCCCACCAACAGUGGAGUUGACUCUGCUGACUCAGCUCGCAGCAGCCCUCAAGAAAGGCAGGGCUACCAUGGGAGCAACCCCCCUCCCGGCCUCAGGUCUCGAGCCAGUCCAGCAGUGGUCUACUCAGGUGAACGGGUAACAGAAGCUUCGCCCAGAAGUGGGGCAGGAAUGGGGACUGGGAUAAUGCGAGUGACCACAGAGAGGCCUGUAAGCCAGGAAGGGGUGCGUGUUUUCGGACGAGAGGGCCAGGAGUUGCGGGCCUUCCAAUGCGAGCACUGUCGGGUGCUUUUUCUGGACCAUGUCAUGUACACCAUCCACAUGGGUUGCCACGGAUACAGAGAUCCACUGGAGUGCAACAUUUGUGGUCACCGCAGCAAAGACCGCUAUGAGUUCUCCUCUCACAUAGUCCGUGGUGAACACACCUUCCAUUAGGAGAAUGGGUAGGAAUUAAGGGAAGAAGAAGAAGGGAAAAGGAGCAAUAGCCUGAUAUCCGUCCUUAUCCCCAGACCUUUGAGACUGCACAGUUGAAUGGCAUUGUAGACAAGUGUAGCACAAUCAUAGCAUAGACUUCUUUUUAAGCUACUUAUUGUGAACAGUUGAACAAUCAUAUGAAGGUAUGGGCCAAAGACACAUUUUCUACAUAAUUAAGAUUAAUGUAGAGGAAGGAAGGUAAGUGUUUUUUUUUUCUCUCAAAAUGUUCAUAAAUUGUAUAACAGAGCAGCUGUCAGACGACUUUGACUAGUUUUUCAUUUUAGUCUCCUUUUGCGCUUGUCCUGUCAUCAUGCUUUUGUUCCAGAAAAAUGUAUUCACUCUUGAAUACAGUGUUGAAAUAUUAGAACAUGUUUCUGUCUCGUGGGCUCAAUGCACUGGAUCAAAUAAAAAAAAAUAAUAAUUCAGUUCAACCAGAUUAAAUGUCACUACUGGUCAUCAGUGGAAAAGACUUUAGGUCAUCUUUUAUUUAAUAAAAAAAAGUAUAUACUACUAUUCAUGGAUUCUUUCAUGGACAAAGGUCAUCUGGCUGUGUGUUCUAGCUGCAAGCAACUUGGUGUCCAUUUGAGCUUGAUUGGCAGUAGAAUUAUUGUAUCUGUCUGCAGCUGUAGGAAUUCGAACAGUUGUGCCAUCAUCUUCAGGAUUUUGUCCUUUAGUAUUGCUGUGUAUAACUGCAUUGAAUUGAAAUGUCUUUAAUGUCCCCAAGGGGCAAUUUGGUUCACAACAGGUAGCCAACAAUGAAUAAAUAAAAGCAUAAAUACAUACAUACAUACAUACAUGUAGUCCCUUAGAUAUAAGUUAUGAGAACUUGGAAGCUUUGAAUGUAAUCUAGAAAGAGAAGUGGUAAUACAAGUUGCAAAUAAAUGUGUGAGUAAACACAAAUAAAAGCUAGACCCACAGAUCUAUACCACAAUUUGUACAGAAAUUAUGUCAGUGAUAAAUGCAUUAUCAUAUCCACAAGCAUAUACUAACAAAUAAAUGUUACAUAUAUACAUUGCAUUUAAAAUGGUUCUUCUUUAUAUUAAAGGUCCAGAAUGAACCAUUUUUAUGUACAGACACAGCGGAUCACCUUCCAUGCAGUAGAGGGUGAAGCAAGGAAGGUGCCAUUUGCAAAUACGCCGCUAGAUACCGCUAAAUCCUACACACUGGACUUUUAAUACUUAAUUCAUGAAGUUGGUCAAGUUGAAAUGGCUACAUAGCUGGCUGAUAAAAACACUCAUACACCGUAUUUUAGAACAUUUAUAAGAAAAACAAAAAUUCUCAUUAAUAUUUCACAUGUAUUGUAGUUUUACACAACAAAUGAAACCAAUCCAUAUGCAGAUUUUAUCAUUUGUAAAUCAAUUAAAAGAAAGAAAAAAAAUUUAAUUAUAAAAUAAAAUGAUAAAAUAACAUACACUUAAAAUUCUAAUAAAAAUAUUUUUUGUUUCUAUCUCAUGAAACUGCAUUGCUGCUUUUAUUGGGACUCUGCAGUAAUCAGCCAUUUAUUCAGUUUGCAGAACUACUGAUCAUGAAGCAAAAUCACAAUGAACUCAGUUCAUGGCCAUCUUUUUAUUCUAUGCUGCCAAGGUAAUGCAUUAGCCACACAAAUAACUGGCCAUUUCUUUGUUGCCCCGGUUUCUCAUAUAGAAAAAUUAUUAGGUCCUGCUGGGCUCAUAGGUUGUGUUGCUUGCAGUUUGAGCACAUAGAUUCCUAAACUUUGUUAUAGUUAGUUUGAAAAUAGCAGACGUACACAUUGACACCAUAACAUGGCAGAGGUUGGACAGUUUUUUUUUUUUGUUGGUAACAUUCACCUACCUGGCUGGAGUAUGAUGCUUUAUUGCAAUCAAUACCAAAAGGUUAAAGGAGCCUAAGGAGGUGGUAUAGGUUGCUCUUCUUUUAUGUACCUCACUUCAUACUAUAGGCCCAACCUUUUGAUCAAAUCCACCUGGUGAUUUAGGCUGUAUGGCUGUGUGUGUGUAUAUAGUAUAAGUUGUGUGCUUUUAUUCAGUGCUUUUGGUAUGGGGUCAGGUGGGGUCUGCAUUAUUGGUGCUGUUUUCUAGCUUAGCUACAUUCUUAUAUGUCUGGUUUCAAUGCCAUCUUUCAUCCUGUUUGAAUGUCAUGGCAAAUACAGGGAAUCAUGUGCAAAAAGCUCUUUCUGAGGUACUUUGUCCUUGACAUCUUUAAAUGUUAUGUAGUGCAGACACCAAUUUACUGCAUUAUGGGAAUAGAGGGGAUUCUUGAUGUUUAUGGUGGGCAUUUGUCAUGUUUAUUUCAUACUGUAGUAUUAUCAACCCUGUCUUAUUUGAAUCAGCCUCCUCAUUCUCUGAUCCUCACCAACACCAUCUCAAGCACACACACUAAUGUCUUUCACACUCCCUCUCUCUCUGAAUCUUGCCCGUUGCAUUCCCAUGUCACCACAUUCAUCUAUGACCUUGUACAGAGGGGAUGGAGAAUGAGACAGCUUGAGCAAGGGGAAAAGUGACAGGAGUGGUUACCACAUAGUGCUACUCUGAAGGCACUUCACCACAGCAUUCCAAGUCACCUCUGUAAACCUCUAACAUUAAAAGUUCAUGUAUGCAAAAUGUAAAUGGCAUGAAGGAGAUAGCCACUUUCCAAAUCUCUUGCCCAUCAUCUACUGUACAUUGAAGAAUAACAGACUUUGAUCAAUGAGGUUAGUUGCAGCUCUUUCAAAGUUACUGUCUUUCCCUCUGAAAGGACUCAGAUAAGACUGUGCUUUGUGCAGUUGGCCAUGCACUUUAUGUCCAUGCCCUCACUAUAGGGAGCAUUGUUUUUUUUCUUUUGUUUUUUUUCUUGUUAUAUUAAAGUGUAGAUAGAGUGGAAAACAAUCAUUGACACAGGUAUUUUUGCUGAAAGAACAAUCUUGGAGAUACACAUUGGAAAAGUAAGACUUGAUGCAGGUUUUGCUAUCCUGUCUGAACAUGUUUUUAUUGUAAUAGUACUUACAAGAAGUUUGGCAUUACUAGUCUUCACACAGUCAACAGUUGAUUAUUCUCUAAGGUUAAACUCAGUGAUUUACUCUUCUAUGUUCGGUGUCUACUUGUGAUCAAAAGGCAGCUUUUUCUCUGUUUACACGUUGCUUCUCUUAUGCGCCACUGGUGCCCAACUAGCAUAAAAACUUACUGUCUGUAAAGUAUUGGUACUGGAAAUUGUUUACACCUCGCAGCUGUGAUAUUGACUCUCUACAUUCCUUUAUUAUAUUAUUUCUGUAUAUACUCAUUUACUGAAGCCUUCUCUGUUAAGACAGGAGUCCUUCUAAAACAACAUAUCUUUUUAAUGAUCUUACAAUUAAAUGUAGGUUAAUCCCACCCUGAUUUUUCUUUCUUAAUUCCCAUCAGAAGGAAUACAAAUAGUAUAGAUAGGUCAGAGCUACAUUAAAUUAAACUGGGCAUAAUAUAUGGCAGGAUGUUCAAAUUAAUUGUUAUUUCUUAGUUUUCAUUUGUUCUCCAGUUUACAGACAUAUUUUUAUCUUGUUCUCAUAGUAAUGUUAUAAUAAGGACAGCCUUACUUGUACACAAAUUCUUCAAAUGAAGCAGCCAUAUGAACAAAAAAAAAAAUAAGAAAAAAUUGUCUUCUGUUAGCCCUCCUUGUGAGUGAGGAGUUACUUGAAAAUCCAAAUCAUUGCUAUUGAUUCAGAUUGCGGGAAUGUUUUUUGUAAAUUUUGAAAAUGCGUGUGCUAAAUGUCUAUUUUUCUGCUGAAAUGUUAAUGCAACUAGUUUUGUGAACUUCUGUGUGUUUUUUAAGUUUAAAAAUGUUUACAAAAAUGUAAAAGACUGGGUUCAGGUGAAUUGUAUUUUUUAAAAAAUAAUAUAUGAAAGGUGUAUAUUUUGGCACUGAAUAUUGAAAUUAUCCUGAAAUUUGUGCCGAUUGAUCAUCUCUGACAUUGAUAACAACUUUCUGAUGUGAGGGCUCUCAGGUAUUUGCAUAGGUUGUGUAUUUUUGCGUCCUAAAAUAUGUGAUUUAUUUAUCAAAAAAGUAAUUUCUCAUGACUUAAAUCAGUCCAACACUGAAUGUGGUAAAGGAAGUUGGAGGAUUGUUCAGCCCUGUUUUUGACAUCAGUGACAUUACAUGAAGACACACUGCUGUGAAGAAAACAAUGUAUAUUUUUAAGGCAUGGGUUUCUCUCUAUUAAAGAAAUGAUUUUGCCUCCUUGGCUGUUUUGUGAACUUUGAAACAGGAAGUCAGACAUAUUGUUAUAUACUUUUCUUCAAAACAUGCAAACUGUAUCUUACAUGCAAUUAAAAGAUUUUAUUGUGAG